AUGUCGCACACACCCUCGCCGACCGACUCAACCUCCACAUCAGCGACCUCGACGCACUCGACGCCCGGAGUGCUCUGGACCACGGCAUGCAUCCAGCGAAAAGACCUCCCCCUGUCGCUCUUCGACGCCUGGUACGACGAACACAUCAACAUCUGCCUGUCCUGCCCCGGCAACGGGGGUCUCUUCCUACGGUACAAAAACAUCGAUUCCAAAGCCGACGUGUACGGCGUUCCCAACUGGAAUGAAGAGCCCUCACAUGAUGACACACCCACAGCCAAGCCCACGACAUGGCCAUUCCUGGCCUUAGUCAAGCUGGACGACAUCAAAUGGGUGGCGAGCAAGCAGUUCAACGAAAUGUCCCGGUUCUCGAAAUUGCUGCCCCCCGAACCGGACGGGUCGAUCGGCAGCGCGUUCAGCUGCUUCUACGGCGCCCUGCGGUGUUACGAGACUGUGCGCACGGCUCCCGAUCCCACGGGCCGGACGACACGGCCGAAAUAUAUCCUCAGUGUGCAGACGACGCGGGGAGCGUCUUCGGCUGCUGCCGAUGAUGAUUGGGACGCCCAGGACCAGGAGUACGUUGGACGGCCCGGGUUUCGGGGCGGCGUGAGAUAUCGUCUUGUCGAGGACCUGUUGGCCGCGCAGGAGCCGGGAUGGUUGCCCAAGGGUCUUGUGCUGUAUGAGUUUGAUGGCGAGGAGCCCCCGUGGGUGGCUGUUGGCCAGGAUUGUUUCAAGGCGGAUGUGUGGGAGUUCAUUCUCGAGGCGGGGGAUUCGUCUCUCCGGCUGUGA